UCCAAAAGUAAAGCGUAUGGAUGAACAAUUGAACGUUUCUCGUCUUCGUGUUGUAUUUGUCAGACGGUCCCUUUCUUCCUUCUUUAAAUGAUCAAAUCUACAGUUUGUGAUGCAGAGGCAGAUUAAAACACAACAUACAUUGUGUGUUCUCUUCUGCAUCUGACACCAAUUCGAACACACAGCGUGUUUCUGUUUUUAUGCGGAAUCUUAUUGAUCUAUUGAAGUGUUUCGAGGAUGAAUCUCUGACAAACGUCAAACGACCGACAUCAAGGCAACUUUAUCUGUCAAUAAUACGGAAGUCUAUGCAAGAGUCACAGCUUUGUUUUUCAGCUGCUCUGGGACGGGCAUAAAAAACUGGACGCAGCCGAGGAGUGAAUGGGUGAAGGGUGAUGGCGUCUGUUUCAGAGCAGCUUCUGGCCGCUCUGGAUGAUCUAGAAACAGAUAAACUUAAGAGGUUUAAAUGGCACUUAAAGAAUGAUAAAGGCUUUUCAGCUGCUGCUCUGGAGAAGGCAGACGCUCCUGACACAGUGGAUCUGAUGAUGAAGCGUUUCAGACCAGAAGAAGCUGUGAAGAUCACGGUGAACAUCCUGAGGAAGAUGAACCACAACCAUCUGGCUGAAGAGUUAGAGAACAAACACAAGCAAGAUCAGGUUGAGGGCAGUAUUGAGGAUCCUGCACUUGCUGGAGCUGAAUUAAAACCAACUGAGGUCACAUUCACCAACAUUGUUCCCAGGACCAGGAACGACUUCCUACAAUAUUCCCAUCAGCUCACUCUGGAUCCGAACACAGUGAAUAAACGCCUCCGUCUGUCUGAGAACAACAGAGUGAUUACUGUCACUGGCACAGAUCAGUGUAUCCUGAUCAUCCAGACAGAUUUGAUGUGUAUGAGCAGGUGUUGUGUAGAGAGAGUGUGUGUGGACGCUGUUACUGGGAGAUUGAGUGGAGUGGGAAUGUGUAUAUAUCAGUGUCAUAUAAGAGCAUCAGCAGGAAGGGACAAGGAAUUGAGUGUGUCUUUGGACGUAAUGAUCAGUCCUGGAGUUUGUUCUGCUCUCGCUACAGUUACUCAUUCAGACACAAUAACAUAGAGACUGAACUCCCUGUGAUGUCCAUCAGCAGUAGAAUAGGAGUGUAUGUGGAUGUGAGUGCAGGAACUCUGUCCUUCUACAGCGUCUCUCACACAAUGAGUCUCAUCCACACAGAACAGACCACAUUCACUCAGCCGCUCUAUCCUGGGUUUACUGUUUAUAAAGGAUCAGUGAAACUGUGUUGAACCAGAAUAGAUUAUAGAGUCUCUUCUUUUCUUUUCAGUUACAUUAAUACUGCAGCUGAACUUCAGUCACUGAAAUAACAUGUCAGAAUUAAUGUGUAUAAUAAAUCCUCAUAUAGACAAACAUCCUACUCAUUAUAGGAAGAGUAUCCAUUGAAACCAAUCUGCAAGAAGCAAAAAAUUGUACAAACACCUUCAGAAAACCAAUAAUGAGCAGUUACACAAAAUUGUAACUUUCACAUGCAAUGGGAAACACAUAAAA